GAGUGCCUGCUCGGGGUGAGAGGGAGGGCGGAGCCGACACUCCGACCGGGGAACCGGCCGCACAACUCGGCGACGACGACUCGCAGAUUCCUCGCCGGGCGCUCCGGACCAUUCAGCCGGUCCCCCUCCGGCAGAGGCAGCAACAGCAACUCUCCCCAUCGCCAGAGCGACUAACCGGGACUCCCGUGGUACACCUCCUCCCUCCCCUGCCUUUCGCUGUCUCCUUCUGUCCCUUUACCUCGCUUUACCUCCCUCCCCCUCCCUCCCUCUGUCUGCUUCACGGCCCCUCUUUUAAUGCUCUCUGUUUCUCUUCUUAACUCGACCUCACUUUCUCUCUCCCCACUUUCUCUCACUUUAACUUCCACUCUUUUAAAUUUCCCUCUAACUCUUUUCUCUUAACCCUUUCACCUCUUUAGCUCUCUCCCCCUCUUGUGCUCCCUCCCUCACUCUCCCGCCCUCUCUUCCGCUUCGAAACUCCCCCCCCCCUCCUAUCCUUCUUUGCCUGUCCCCCUCUCCCCCUGCCCCCUGCCCCCUCCCCCUGCCCCACCCCCUCUCUGUCCCACACAGGGGCAAAUCCUGGAGUGCCGGUCCUGACAGCCCACUACACCCCCACAGUGGGAACAGCCGAGUUCCUGACCCGUCUGCUGGAUAUGGAGAACCAGCUGCCACCCCUCUUGCUCAUCCUGAUCCUCCUCGUCCCCUUAGGUGUGUGCGGGCCGGAGCUGCAGCUGGACGCGGGCACGGAGGCGCCGCUAGGGGGCACAGCGCAUCUGCGAUGCCAGUACACGGGCGCGGCCCAGGUGACGCAGGUGACGUGGGACAAGCUGACGGAGCUGGGCCCGCAGAUGGUGGCGGUGCGCAGUGACGCACACGGCACGCGCACGCACCCCUUCUACGGCACGCGAGCCCGCUUCCAGCGCGGGGACGAGCACGGCGACGCCUCGCUGCUCAUCGACCAGCUGGUGCUAGCGGACGCCGGGCAUUUCCGCUGCAAGGUGUUCACCUUCCCGGCCGGCAGCUUCGAGGGCGACACCUGGCUCACCGUGCUGGUACCCCCUCAGGUAUGGCUGGUGCCGGGCCCACGAGCCCUGCUGGAGGGAGACCGCCGUGCUCUGGUGGCCAUGUGCAUGGUGAUGGGGAGCCCCCCGGUGCCCGAGGUGCGGUGGGACAUGGCCGUGGAGGGGGAGCAGGAAGUGACAGACACGGCCAAUGCCAACGGCACAGUGACAGUCACCGUUAGCCUCUACGUGCAUCCCGAGCGGGACAUGAAGGGGAAGGACGCUGUGUGCAUCGUCAACCACUCCAGCCUGGCCCAGCCCCUGCACGUCCCCUACAAACUCAACAUCUACCAUGUUCCUGAGGUGGCGAUAAAAAGAUCCUUUGAGAAUUGGCAGGCGGAUAUGGAAGGAGCGGCGUUGCAAUGCGAGGAAAAUGGGAAUCCUCCAGCUACGGAUUUUGUGUGGAAGCGAACGGGAGGCCCCCUCCCCAGCAACCUCACCCAGGAUGGCAGCAGGCUGUUAUUCACCAAACGUCUCACCGUGGAAGAUUCUGGAACCUAUGUCUGUGAAGUUUCCAAUGAAAUUGGCAGCCGGAGUGCACAGAUGAAAAUAACUAUUUCAGAUCGUAACGAGGCGGGGAUGAGCGUACUGACUCUAGCCUUUGUGGCCAUCGGAGUGGUGGGCCUGGUCAUUGUGCUCAUCUUCAUUGGCGCCAUGAUCGCUGUGAACCGCUCGCACCGCAAGAAGACGGAGCAAAUGGUCUUCAAACUGGAGGAGAUCUCCACCAUGUCCCGGCAGCCCUCCAUCCGCCGCUGUAACUCCAUGUCUGCCUCUGUCGACGUCCGCCUGCAGGAGGCAGGUGGCAGUCGGGACAUCGACCAGCUGGAGCAGGAGCCCAUGAUGGAGGAGAUGGUGCCGCAGCAGAGGAGCAGCUCCAGGGACCUGUUGGCAGUGGCAGGGGAGGGCCAGUUCCAGCCCGGCACCCAUCGCUACAGCCUGCGCUCCACGACCAGCGAGCCCAGGUCCUCGCACGCCUACCCGUUCGGGGCCUACAGGAACAGUUUGCCCAACAACCAGCGGCACAGCCUGAGGGACUGGAUGUUGGACCACAGCGAGCGGUCGGGCUCACCGGGGGAGGUGCCAGAAAACAGCCCAGCUCUCAAGGCAGCACUGGAGCAGGUGAGUUCGCUCUCGACCCGGCCCCUGACACCCUCCCCGUCGGAGCAGGGCUCCCAGACGGAGGAUGAGGAAGAGGUGGCUGACCGGCAGAAGUCAAUCCACGCCGCCAUGGGUCACUUCUACCCCCACAACGGCACGCUGCGCGCCAAGCCGGGCAACAGCACCGUAUACAUUGCCCGCAAAGAGCACUGUGUGUGAGGGGGGUGGUGUCCGAACCCCCACCCGCACCUGCACCCGCAUGGCCAUCUCCCGAUCCCACGGCACUGUCUGAUUGGGGCAAGGACACGGAAGUGCAGGGACCCGCGGGGCUGUACAGAACAUGGACACGCCAAGCACGACAGAACUGUCUGUCUGGGAUGAUGGACUGCAGGAACCUGCGGGACUACAGAACACGGAUACGCCAGGGUACAUGGACCUCGCGGGACUACAGUACACGGGCCCACCAAGUCUCAUGUGUCCCGGACACAGGUUUACAGGGACCCCACCAGGACUGUACCUCAUUGGGACAUGGCGACCCUGGUUUUCUGUUCACCCUGAACCACCUACAGUGGGCAUUCGUUAGAUUUCUGGGUCGUGCACCACCUACAGUGGGCAGCUCGAGGCGAUGGAGAUACACCAUCAAACUACUGAAGUCCACUGCAAGGAUUAGUGACCAGGGUCACUGAUCUCCCAGGCUGAUGUUCCCAGCAUUGAGACUCCACUCACACCCGGUCCCAUCCACUGGUCCCGUCCAACUCAAGGAUUUGCUCCCCCGUGAAUCAACACAACGUCCCGCUGACUCCCGGCAAUCCCUGGCCCUGGAUCUGUGGAGCGGGAGUGAUUGAGAUGGGAAUGGAACUUUGGAGCGUGAGUCGGGAGAUCCUGUGUGAAUGGUCGAAGGAGCAAAGCAUAUCAAACCCCGCACUCGCCCAUCCCGACAAAACACCUGCCCCAUGCGUCGAUGAGUCUGUGGGUCCUACACUGACCUUAUCACAACCCAGGAUCCAGUGGCCUGGAGUGGAAGUGUCAUCCUCGAUCCCAAGGGACGGACUAAUACAGAGAGGGAGGAGUGUACUUGAACCUGAUGGCAAGUGAAGACAGGUCAGACAGAAGGGCUGAAAGGUCUCCUGUGUAACAGGCUGGAUAGACAGGCUGAAGGACAUGCCAUACUCUGUAACAGGCUGGAUAGACUGAAGGACCUGCUGUACUGUGUACUGUACAGGCUGGAUAGAUGGGUUGAAGGGCCUGCAUUCCCAUGUAACAGGCUAAAUAUGUGCCCUUUGUCACGGUGUGUGUGGGGAAUGCGUUGAGUUCUCAUUUGCUCGGGUUUCCUCUUGUUGGCGCGUUCUUUGUAAACUGUUGUAUAUUUGUACAGACUUUUUCAGUAAAGCACAAGGCUAUCGUAUCAAA